CACUCGCCCAUUGACACACACGCUUGCGCGCGCGCGCACACACAGCCGCGCAGCGCGCUCCGUCCUCACUACCGCAUCCCCAAGCAGGCAGAGCGAAGCCGCUGCGACUCCCCCGAACCUCAGCCUCGGGGGCGAAGCGGAGCCUCUGCGCCUCGGGGAAGCCCGGAGCCUGCGCCGCCGCCUCGGGGGCAGAGCCCUGCGGAGCGCGCCCGGCCCCGUCGGUCAGCUGGAAUGCUUGCCAGUUCUGCCGCAGGCUUCUGAGGCUGAGACCCCGAGGAACCCAGCUGGAGAAUGCCGUCUGAACGCUGCCUCAGUAUUCAAGAAAUGCUGACAGGCCAGAGGCUCUGCCACUCGGACUCUCACAAUGACAGUGUCCUGGCAGCGCUGAAUCAACAGAGAAGUGACGGCAUCCUCUGCGAUGUCACCCUGAUUGCCGAGGAACAGAAAUUCCACGCUCACAAGGCGGUCCUGGCAGCAUGCAGCGACUACUUUCGGGCAAUGUUCAGCCUCUGUAUGGUGGAAAGUGGAGCUGACGAGGUCAAUUUGCACGGUGUGACCAGCCUUGGCUUAAAGCAGGCCCUGGAGUUCGCGUACACAGGACAGAUUUUGUUGGAGCCAGGCGUGAUCCAGGACGUGUUAGCAGCUGGCAGUCACCUGCAGCUGUUGGAGCUUCUCAAUUUAUGUUCGCACUAUCUCAUCCAGGAAUUAAAUAUCUUUAAUUACUUGGAUCUGUACAGACUUGCUGACCUCUUUAACCUCACUGUGCUGGAGAAGGCAGUGGUGGAUUUCUUAGUGAAACACCUCUCGGAGCUCCUGAAGAGCCGCCCGGAGGACGUGCUCACGCUGCCCUACUGCCUGCUGCAGGAGGUCCUCAAGAGCGACCGCCUCACCUCCCUGAGCGAGGAGCAGAUCUGGCAGCUAGCCGUGAGGUGGUUGGAGCACAGCUGCCAUUACCAGCACAUGGAUGAGCUGCUGCAGUAUGUCCGCUUCGGCCUGAUGGAUGUGGACACUCUCCAUACGGUCGCCCUGUCCCACCCCCUCGUCCGGGCCAGCGAGACGGCCACAGCGCUGGUCAACGAGGCCCUGGAGUACCACCAGAGCCUCUACGCGCAGCCCGUGUGGCAGACUCGCAGGACCAAGCCGCGCUUCCAGUCCGACACGCUGUAUAUCAUCGGGGGGAAGAAGCGUGAGGUCUGCAAGGUCAAGGAGCUUCGCUACUUCAACCCUGUGGAUCAGGAGAACGCGCUCAUAGCUGCCAUUGCCAACUGGAGCGAGCUGGCCCCCAUGCCCGUGGGAAGGAGCCACCACUGCGUGGCGGUCAUGGGGGACUUCCUGUUCGUGGCAGGAGGGGAGGUGGAGCACGCCAGCGGCCGGACGUGUGCCGUGAGGACCGCCUGUCGCUAUGACCCCCGCAGUAACUCCUGGGCAGAGAUAGCACCCAUGAAGAACUGCCGAGAGCAUUUCGUGCUGGGUGCCAUGGAUGAAUACCUCUAUGCGGUCGGGGGCAGAAAUGAACUGCGCCAGGUUCUGCCUACAGUUGAGCGAUAUUGUCCCAAGAAGAACAAAUGGACUUUCGUGCAGUCCUUUGACCGGUCCCUUUCAUGUCAUGCUGGUUAUGUGGCGGAUGGUCUUCUUUGGAUAUCAGGUGGAGUAACUAACACGGCACAGUAUCAGAACAGACUAAUGGUAUAUGAACCUAACCAGAAUAAGUGGAUCAGCCGCAGCCCCAUGCUGCAGAGGAGGGUCUACCACUCCAUGGCUGCCGUGCGCAGGAAGCUCUACGUGCUGGGCGGCAACGACCUGGACUACAACAACGACCGCGUCCUGGUGCGGCACAUAGACUCCUACAGCAUGGACUCCGACCAGUGGACGCGCUGCAGCUUCACCCUGUUGACCGGCCAAAAUGAAUCUGGAGUUGCUGUCCAUAAUGACAGAAUAUAUUUAGUCGGUGGAUAUUCGAUUUGGACAAAUGAGCCUCUGGCUUGUAUCCAGGUACUGGAUGUAAGUAGAGAAGGCAAGGAAGAAGUAUUCUAUGGGCCUACACUCCCCUUUGCUUCCAAUGGAAUAGCAGCAUGCUUCCUUCCAGCUCCGUAUUUCACAUGCCCUAACCUUCAAACUCUGCAAGUGCCUCAUCACAGGAUCGGCACCGUCUGAACAGCCAGUGCUGUGUUAAUAACCAUCAUGAACAGGAGGGAAAAAAAGCCUGACUUUUGGAUAAUGGGUAUGAAAAGACUCAGUGCUCAACGCUUCUUUGUCCUGUUUUAUAGGUCUUAUAUUCAGAUAAACAUUAAAAAACAAAAAACAAUUUUCUAAAAUACAUAACUGAAAAUUCCUGUUACCUUUUCAGUGUGUGUAACGUACAAUACAGUAGCAUAUGUAUGACUUUUACUGUGGUGUAGCUUAGAGCCAAUGGUCCAUUACUGUUCUGGGUCUUUAGAGCACUUUUUCUACACUUUUUCUAAUCAGUGCUGUCUAGGACAACAUGACAGCAUUAGUAAGUCAAUUUAUUUCCAAGUACUGUCAUCAUUGAUCUUUAAAAAUCUUUAGUACUCAAUCCCUUUGCUACUUAAACCUGGGUUUGUAAUUUUUCUUUAAAAAUUCAACAUUAUACAGCCCUAUUCAGUAGAAACUCAGCAUUAUGACAUCAUAAAAUUUUAAAUGCCAUAUUUUAUUUAAGUUAAUAUGAAUAAUAGAAGUCCACUGGAACAGCAAUUGGAAUAUCCAGAGUUUUCACCUUGGUUAUUACUCCGUGACCUUGGGCCAGGGGCUUAUCUUUAGAGCUUCAGUUUUCCCACUUUAAGGAGGGUAACGACUGAUUUCCAUAUCACUUCAGAAGAAUGGUGUGAGGAGUAGGCAAAUGCUCUGAAGUACUUCACCUAAGAAAAAAAUGUUACUCAAAUUCCAAAGUAUUUUACUAUCUUAAGAAUCUUGUAACUAAACAGGGAGAUUAUUUUUGAAUUUUAAAAAUUACUAGGUAGAACUUCGAAUACAUGCUAUGGAAUAAAUGAUUCUAAGAAGCACGUGAAAGAGAUAACCCUAAUUAGGAAAAAGGGACUUUGCCAAACCCAGAUUUCCUAAACUUGUACAAAUCCUUGCCUCAAAUAAUAACUCUCAAACAUUUAGUGAAAAAUGACAUUUUGUACUCAAAAAAAUUAGUUGUACUAAUUUUGGUACCAUAAAGUGCUUUGACAUAAGUUUGAACCUAGACUCAGUAGUUCUAACAGAAGUUUCUCCACUUUGUUAAAGGUUAUGUCAAUCUUGAGGGCUUGUGGGACUCCUCCCCACCACAAACAUGUAUUUUAUUACUACCACUUUUAAUAAUGCAUGUGGAUUUUUUUAGGCUAGGUUUUUGGAUCUGCAUUGUCCAUAACCAAAAAUAAAACAACUCAAUAAUCAAUUUGAAGAUAAAGUCAACAACUAUAAUGUGAGUCUUUCCCUUUUCCUAAUCUAAGUCACCUUUAUUGAAAGACUUGACUUUUACCCUUGGCAUAGUUUAAUCAGUCAGCAAUCCUUGAUUUAUAGGAAAUUCUCAUUUUAUUCAUGCCAACACUUUACGUAAUCAAGUGAAUAAAAAAUAUUUUUAUUCUAAAUACAGAAUUCACCAAUUUUAUACAUUAUAUGAGAACUAAAAUGUUAAUUUUUACAUAUAUAUAACCUCUGGUUAUCCAGACUAAAGGGUGGGAGGAAAGAGAGUAGGAGUAAGGAAAAGCAGUGAAGUUUUAAAAGAACAAAGAUUUAGUUUAGACAGACAAAAAAACCUGGAGAGUAUUUGUACAGUUCUGAAAGUGACAUUGCUCACUGAUAUUUAGAAGGAUGACAGAGAAUCUCUUCAAAAGGUGUAAACCAUCUAAACUAAAUUUAAAAAAUGCCUUACCAAGUCAGGAAAAUGGAUUCCAGCUUUUCAGGAAUCUUUUCAACAAGGACCUAUGCAGGAAAUAUUUCAGAUUCACUGGUUCUUCUCCUUGACAUACAGAUUUUCCCUGGAGCAGUUUUACCUUAUGAAAUCAUUAAAAUCUAUUUGCAACCCCAGACCCUAUAUACAAUGAAUGAAGGAGAAAUGGUCUAAAAAUAAGUUUGCUUAAUGGUAGUUGAAGGCAGCCUGAGAGUACUCUUGAUCUUUUCGGUGUAGAUUUCUAACUAUUUAUUUAAAACAAAUCAGUGUAUAUUACCAAAUGCUUCCGUGGUGAACACAGUAUUCACAGAAUUGAACUCAAAAUUUUUUAAAGCUUUACAUAAUUUUCAGAAACAUCAUUUAUAUUUGUAGCCAAAAAACAGCCCAGAAACUACUACAUCUUUCCCCUAAAAAGAAGAAAACUUGGAGAGCACUUAUGAUUAAAUCCUUUCCUCGAAUCAUCAAGAGCUAAUAAUAAAAAAUUAUGUUGUCAUAUAAACCUGAUUCCAUUGAAACGAUUUAAAUAUAUAUUUUCCAUUUAAGUGUAUAUGCUAUAGCAAUUCAUCUUCUAUUUUCAUUCGUUGAAAUUAACAACCAUAUUGUACUUGUAUUUAAAUUAUUAAUUUGAAUUUCCAAAGGAAGAGCAUGAAACUUCCAACCACUUACAAGUCAUUUCAGGAUUUUACUUUUAAAAGGACAAAGCCGUACCACACAGAUAUCAGCAGAGUGUUCUUAGUGUGAGAGGAAAACCAGCAAAGACACGAAUCUCUAAAACAUCAUGCAUGUAAAAUGCAAUAAAAUCCCUUGGAUCCUGAAUAAUGAACCCCAGGUAGGUUAUCAUUAGGGUAUUUUACUUUUCCUCUUCAUACUUUCCUCACAGUUUAACUAUAUAUAU